GUGGGGCUUGAGGCGUUCUUGUACACUGUCUCUGAUCAGUGGAUUGCUUGGAUUUAAAUCCGCAAUUCAGCACAGCAAUUAUGGAUAAUGCGUUGAGAACGUUCCAGGCCUGGGACUAUGUGGUCUUCUCCUGUCUGUUUGUGGUGUCCUCUGGCAUCGGAGUCUUCUUUGCUGUGAAAGAGAGGAAGAAAGCUCCGUCUAAAGAGUUUCUGGUCGGGGGGAGGCAGAUGACUUGUGUCCCAGUGGCCCUCUCCCUGACCGCCAGCUUUAUGUCGGCAGUGACCGUCCUGGGAGCCCCCUCAGAUGUGUACCGGUUUGGAGCCUCAUUUGUCAUCUUUGGCGUAGCUUACACCUUAGUGGUGAUCUGCACUGCGGAGCUCUUUCUGCCCAUCUUCUAUAGGUCAGGGAUAACAAGUACAUAUGAGUAUCUUGAACUAAGAUUCUGUAAGUUGGUCCGAAUAGCUGCUACCAUCAUUUACAUAAUACAGACGAUAUUAUAUACAGGAGUGGUUGUUUUUGCUCCGGCCCUGGCUCUAAAUCAAGUGACUGGCUUCAAUCUGUGGGGUUCUAUAUUUGCAACUGGAAUAGUCUGCACAUUCUAUUGCACCUUGGGAGGCCUGAAAGCGGUGGUGUGGUCAGAUGCGUUCCAGAUGGUGGUGAUGGUGGUCGGCUUCCUUACGGUCCUGGUCCAGGGAACCUCCCAAACUGGGGGUGUGAAUGCCGUGUGGGAGAGAGCUCAGAAUGGACAGAGGCUGGAUGUGUUUGACCUUGACCCUAAUCCCCUGAGGCGCCACACUUUCUGGACGAUAUCUAUUGGGGGCACCUUCACCUGGCUGGGCAUCUAUGGUGUGAAUCAGUCCACUAUCCAGCGCUGUAUAUCCUGCAGGACAGAGACUCAUGCACGACUAGCUCUGUACUUUAACCUGCUGGGCUUACUGGUUAUCCUGCUGUGUGCCGUGUUCUCGGGUCUCAUUAUGUAUGCAUACUAUGAAAGCUGUGAUCCUUGGACCGCACACUUGGUCCAGGCACCUGACCAGCUCAUGCCUUACUUUGUGAUGGAGAUUCUGGGGAAAUAUCCUGGUCUGCCUGGCCUGUUUGUUGCCUGUGCUUUCAGCGGAACCCUGAGCACUGUAGCAGCGAGCAUAAAUGCCCUGGCAACAGUGACUUAUGAGGACUUUGUGAGCCAGUGUUUUAAGAACAUCUCAAACCAAACUGCUUCCUGGAUCAGCAAAGGACUGUGCAUUGUGUUUGGAGUUUGCUGCACCUCAAUGGCAAUUGCAGCAUCUUAUAUGGGCAGCAUUGUUCAGGCAGCUCUCAGUAUCCAUGGUAUGUGCGGAGGACCCAUGCUAGGCCUGUUUUCUCUUGGCAUUCUUUUCCCCUGCGCCAAUUCCAAGGGGGCAGUUGGUGGCCUGAUGCUGGGCAUUGCUCUGUCCUUCUGGGUGGGGAUUGGAGCCUUCCUCUACCCUGCGUCUCCCCUCAACACACACCCUCUGGCCCUGAGUGUGGAGGGGUGUGCGCUGAACACAUCUCAUCUCCCUGCAGCCAUCAAUGCAAGCACCAUCGCACCAUUCAUCAGCAGCUCUGCGUCUCCACCAGUCUCCACUCCACAUGGGUCAGCUAUGGCUGAAACAUGGUACUCCAUCUCGUACUUGUACUACAGUGCGGUGGGAUUCGUAAGCACUCUCAUCGCAGGUCUGAUCAUCACCUUCCUCACAGGCAGCACCAAUCCCAAAGACGUGAGGCCGGGACUCAUCCGCCCUGUGUGUGACCUCUUCUACUUCUGCUCAAAGGGCCUCCGGAGGCAGUGCUGGUGUGGGGUGGACCAUGAGAAGGAUAAACUGGAUCUGGGGAAUACAGAUAUGACAGAUGAUGGAUGUCCAGACUAUGAAUCUUCAGUGAAAACCUUCAACAUACAGGAUGUAGCCUACACAAAUUCUGGUUUUGUUAAAGAUGCACAGGCAUAAACAUUUCAGAGUUAAUUUGAAAUAUUCUGUUAUACUCAACAAUUUAGUUAUUUAUUGUGAAUUAUUUAAAUUGAACAAUUUAUACACAGCAGUAAUUCAAAGUGCCUUAUUACAAGAACUUUAUAGCAUAAUUACAUUUACUUUAGCACAAUUCAAACACAAACACAAAUGAACAGAUAAAAGAACACAAACAAAUAAAAAUAGAUAUUUUUAAAAGAUGAAUGCAUUCAAAACUGUUAAACAAAAUGAAGAUUAAUAACUGUAUAAUAGUAAUAAGUGUAUAGUAAAUAAGAUAAGUGAAUUACAGAUUAACUUAAG